AUGGAGAAGUCGGAGUACGGAACCGCCGACAAGGCCGUCCAGGAGAACUCCUCCAUGGAGCAGGUCCAGCAGCAGCCCUCUGUGACGUCGGGGGAGUCUGUCCACGAGAAGAAGCCGUGGUGGCACCCGGUCAUCGAGCCCGGUUCCGCCGUGCAGAUCAUCAUCGCCGCCGCCAUCGCCGUCGCCAUCGGCCUGGGUGUCAAGACCGCCCACCCGGACAUCCCAUCGGCGGCCACCACCAUUCUCAUCAUCCCCGGUAACCUCUGGCUGCGCGCCCUCAAGGCCGUCGUCCUGCCCCUCAUCGUCACGGCCAUGAUUCUCGCCGUCCAGAAGCUCAAGGAGAUCUCCAACGGCGGCGCCAAACUCGCCAAAUGGACCAUCGGCUACUACGUCAUCACCACCAUCGUGGCCAUCGUCCACUCCAUCAUCAUGACCUCCCAGGUCUGGGCCCGGCUCAUGAACGUUGCCUCGGCCGAGUCCAUCGCCACGGACAGCAUGUCUGAGAAGGACCAAGAGUCGUACGAGUCGCGCAAGGACCAGGACAUCCCCGCCACCGUCACGGAGCUCUUCAACUCGCUGAUUCCGGCCAACGUCGUCGACGCCCUCGCAUCCGACCACCUGCUCGCCGUGCUCGUCAGCGCCGUCGUCGUCGGCUACCUCAUUGACGACCGCGGCGGCCGCUCCGCCAUCAUCAAGGCCGUCCGCGAGGUCGAGACCCUCAUCAUGGUCAUCAUCACCUUCCUCAUCAAGCUCGCUCCCAUCGGUGUCUUCUUCCUCAUCUUGCCCAACAUGUUCAAGCUCGACAUAAACGACAUCGGCGUCAACCUCGGCAUCCUCAUGGGCGGCGCCAUCAGCUCCAUGUUGCUGCACCUCUUCGUCAUCCUGCCCAUCAUCUUCUUUGCCUUCACCCGCCAGAACCCCUACACUGUGUGGUUCAGCUGCUCGCCCGCCUGGCUGACCGCCUGGGGCACCGCCUCUUCCGCCGCCACCCUGUCCGUCACCAUGCGCUGCUGCCGCGAGACUCUCAAGAUCCCCGAGACGGUCAACAAGUUCGCCGUACCCCUGGGCUGCCUCGUCAACAUGGACGGCACCGCCAUCUACUUCCCCAUCGUCGUCGUCUUCCUCGCCCAGACCCAGGGCCACGUUCUCAACGCCGCCGACUACAUCAUCAUCCUGCUGCUGUCGACCCUGGCCUCCAUCGGGACGACGCCCAUCCCCAGCUCCUCGCUUGUGCUGACCGUCAUGAUCUCGUCGAGCGUCGGCAUCCCGCCCAGUGGAAUGUACGGCGUCGUCGUUGCCAUCGACUGGUUCAUCGACCGCUUCCGCACUGCCACCAACGUCAGCGGUGACUUGUUCGCCGCCGUCAUCGUUACCAAGAUGACUGGCAUCACUGACCCCGACGACGGCUCAGAGGAUGUUGUUCGGGAGUUCAGCCAGAACCAGAACGAUGAGCGUGUCUAA